UCUUACGUUACGUGUGUUCUUUUCAUGUAAAAUUUCUAACGAAUACGUUUUAACAUAUAAAAUAAUUAGUACACAUCAACCGGUAGAUUUUUGUAUUACUCAUGUUUUAAUCUGUGCCAAAAACUGUUGACAGUUUUAUUUUGAAUUUGACUUUUCUGUUAGAAAGUGCGUUCAGAGUGUUUUUCUGCCAGCUACCGAUGGCGACGCGGUGAUGGCGUGGACCGUCCGCGCAGUGGCGCUCUGGUGCGCCGUGGUCCUGGCGCUGCUGACUACGACCGCCGCUUACACCGUCGACUGUAACCACGAAUAUACUGACUGCGACACUGAACUCAGUAAAAUGACGACCGACGAGGAAGAAGUCACCCAACAUCAGCCGUCGCAUCUCACAAUACCACCAUUCGUCUUCACAACAACGCCACAACCGAAGAAGAUAUUUACAGAAACACCAACAACAACCACAACAAUAACGCCAUCGCCACCAAAAUCUACAGUAGUGACACCUACCACAGAUUCCAAAAUAGAUUUAGAAACAACAGAAAUGACAUAUCUGACAGAUUCAAUAUUAAAGGCUAAACCUAGAUUACUAGAUUUAAGUGUAGAUGAGUUGCAGAGCUUCGCAAAUGCAUUACACAAUCAAACAAAUCAAGGUAUGAACAGAAAACUUUCAGAUAUAAGCGAAGUAUCUUUAGACGUAGAUGAAGAUGAUGAACCGCCAAGAUUGAUUACGAGCGUGCCUAAGAAUAAGGACAUAACUGAUAAAUUUUAUUCAAACCUUCAAGUUCCCUUUAAUCCAUUACUGUCGAUCGAUAAAUCAGAUGAAGUGGAAAUAUGUAAGGAAAAUGAAAUCAUAUAUAAGGUAGGUGAUCGAAUAGACAGAGGAUGUGAUGAGACAUGUGAAUGUACUACGUCUGGUAUAUUCGAGUGCUCACCGCGUUGCAAGCAUCCUUACACACGACGGGGAAGACGACUGAAUGAUCCACUUUGCUUUGAGUCGCCAGUAGACGAAUGUUGCUCGAUUAUUGCUUGUUCCACCGGCACUGGAGCAACCAAGGCAGACGCGUGUAAAUUCAAAAAUGAAAGCUAUGCUAUAGGGUCAAGCUGGAAUAUAGGAUGUCAACAGACGUGUGUAUGCGAAGAGCAUUCUGUGGUAUCCUGCAGACCAAGAUGCAAUCGACUACAAACAUCGGAGAAGUGUAUAAACGUGCAAGAUCCUAAUGACGAUUGCUGUGAGAUACAAGUAUGCGACGUAUCGUCUGACGCGCAUGAGGAGCCUGAGAACAUCACAAUGACAACAACUUCCACCAUCACAACAUCCCCAACAACCACACCGAUGACAACAACUACAUCAACGACAACCACUACUUCAACUAUGAUUUCAUCUUUUCUGGCGUCAGAGACUGGAAGAUCAUUGGACGAUGUGAAUGAUUCCUUCAGACCGACGAUGAGGCCGCUAGUGUUAACUGAACCGAUCGGAUCAGUAACAGUACUACAAAACAAUAGCGUGCAAGUUAACUUAAUGCAUAUGAACAACAGCGAAGAUCCAAUACAUCUGUUACUUAGCAGCGAUGGCGGCCGUACAUUCCGAGAUGUGGAACUAAGAUAUACCAAUCUUAUACUCAAUCUCGAAGGUGGCAAGGAUUAUAUUUUAAAAACAAAAGAAACAGGCACUAAAUUCAACUUCACAAUAACAACAACGGAUUCGACUUCCAAUGAAGUUCCAGUGGAAGAAAGUAAUACGUAUAAAAUAGGAUGUCAUCAAGAUGGGAAAUUUUAUGCUGUCGGUGAGGAGUUCCACAUUGGGUGUUCAGAGCUAUGUGAAUGUACCGGAGAUGAGAAACGCGAGUGCGCGGCGCUAGUGUGCCCGUCCCAUGUUGGUCUGGAAUUGGUGAGCAAGGGCUGCGUGCGCUGGGCCGCCAACCCGCCCGCGCACCCGCCUAACUGCUGCCCUAGAACUGCGAGAUGUCUAAGUGAUGGGACUUGUCAUUAUAAAGGAGUUGCAGUACCGAACUGGAGCGAAGUGCCGUUAACUCUGACUGGGUGCGAACAGCGAUGCUUCUGUGAGAAUGGUGAACUGGACUGUCAAGAGGUGUGCUCACCAUUGCCGUCGUUGCCACCGCAGAAUCUGCGUUGUCCGCCAAACCACCGCCCCGCCGCGGUCAAUAUAUCAGAUGAGGAUUGCUGCAAGCAGUGGGGGUGUAUGCCUAAUGCUGCAUACAAGAAUGGAUCCAAAUAUUCGCAUGUUUUUUCAUCGCAUGACGCAUCACAGAAUCACGUGACUCCGGUCGCGCCCGUCCUACCGACUGUCACGACACCAGUACUGCCAACACCACUAGCCAUGACUGAGACCAAUGACUACUUUCGACACAUGAACUCCGCCAAGACUAGACAAAAAACCAACAAACUUGUACAACCGCCCGACCCAGGUCCCAUUGCCGACGACUCACUGUACCAUUACGUACACGAGACAAAGAAUAACACCUUCGCCAUAUACAGCCCGAAUGAAUUUCACAGACCGUUCAAACUACUACAGCCUAUACCGCCCGUGACAAGUAUAAAUGUCAACUGGAAAUCUUUAGAGCCACCGAAUAAUUCUGUCCUUGUCGCACCUGUGCCAGUCUCUAUUCAGUCAAAUAUACCGAUCGCCUCACAUCAUUCUGAUACAGGAACAAAUACCCGGAACCAUUUAACUUACGUCCUACCGGACAACAAAAUACAGGACUUGUUCGAAAAGUACAAACACAACCAAAUGAUGGAAGCAAAAUCUAUAUCAGACCACGAUGAGUACGUGCAACAAAUGCACGAGUCUGUCAGCAAAGUACCGCUCUUACAGAUGCAUAAUUUAAACUAUUUCUUACCGGUUUAUGAUAAAAAGAUACCGAGUCACGUUCCGUUUAGUUUUGGCGAAACAAAAACCACACCGGGCAGCACGAAACCGACAAAAACAUAUUUCGAACCCAUGUUCAAUCAGUCGGCGGAUUAUUAUAGAAAACAUCAGAACCCACAGACUUAUAAAAAUGGCCGCCAUGACGUUCACGGAUUACAUGGCAAACAUGUCACAAUAUUACGUAGCAAAGACUUGAAACCUAUACGACCUUCCGACUCAGGAAACAAUGAUAAAUCCUGGCCGCCGAAUAACAUACACGUUUUAGCGAAAGUCCCGAACCCUUACGAGACCGUUUUGUUUCGAGUGUUGCCUGAACCUAUAACAGAUAUGCAGAAAGUGCCCAGCAAUAGUGUUAAGCUUAAUAAGGUUUCAGGUAAAAGCUAUUCAACAUUAGACCUGGAGCACAUGCUCUCCCAAAUGGAGGUGGAAUCGGAGGUGAAUAGGAAUCUCGGACGUUCGGCUGACAAAGACAUAGGAGAACACGCGGCAGGUCCAAUGCCAGGUUUUCCAGGUAAACCACAUCCACCGGAGUUCAUACCAACUAUACCUCCCGACGUCCGAUACCCACAAGAAGAGAUAGUAGAUUAUGAACAAAACAAUAUACAUCGACCACUUAAUCUUGAUCCGACGCUCAACGGCAUACCGAUGCCACCUUCGUAUUCAGAUGACAACAAAAAACUGUCCGUUAUAUUAUUACAAUCGGAUACUCCGACUAGUGUUAAGAUGAUUUUCGGCCUACCCCCAGUUUUGGUCGGGUUACGAGGUAGCGUUGACCUUCGAUACACUGAUACGGCGGACGAGGACAUAUCUCAUUGGUAUUCCCAAAUAUUUGCACCGGCGGAUGAAAUUCUCGGCACACAGAGGUUGGACUUCAGACUGACUGGCUUAAAGCCUUCGACCACGUACAAAAUACGAGGCAAACUCUACUUACACAAUCUGCCCGCCGAGCCAGAGAGUGAUGUAUUUAAUGUACGCACUCUAGAUUUACCAGCGGUUCAGGCGGAGGAAGAGAAACGACGAGAGAUCAAUAGCAGACUGACAGUGGUUGAUGUUAACGACACCACCGCGCGCCUCAGCUGGCGUCACUUCACUGACGAUGAACUGCAGUUUAUUGAUGGCAUUCAAGUUCGGUACCGUCCGGUGGGCACGCCGAUAUACAGCAUGACGGAGGUACUGCACCAUGCGCGCGCACAGGCCGAGCUGAGCGCGCUUCGUCCCGCAGCGCGCUACGAGGCCGAGCUGGUGCUAAUCCCGCCGCCGCGCGCGCUCACUGAGCUGUAUGACGCAACUAAAGUAGAGUUCACGACCUCGCCUUUUGUCGAUCCCUACAACUGGUCGGUGACAGUGGAAGUGCAUACAGUGGGCUCGGUAGCCGCCGAGCUGAUGUGGCACGGUGUGCCCGCGCCCGCCGAACGCUGGGUCAGGAUAUACCGGGCGGCGCACGCCUGCGGCUCCUCGCGCAAGGAGCACGACGACUUCAGACUAGCCACACGAGACCUCCCGCCCACUGUCACACUUAAUGGACUCACUCCUAACUCUAAAUGCCGAGUAUGGCUGGAACUGUACCUGACGAACGGCAAAGUGAAAACAAGUAACGUUGUGGAGAUUCACACAAAGUCUGAGAACUCUCCGGAGACUGUGGACAAUAUAAUAGAGGCAUCAGUAUCUGGUGGUCGUGGCGGGCCACCGCGAGGCGACUACUACGGCGCGCUGGUGGCUGUAGGUGUGGUGGCUGCGCUGGGAGCGCUCACAUCGCUGCUGUUAUUGCUGGUGGUGGUCAGACGACAUCGGCCACGCUCCGUGCCCAUCACGCCGGUGCCAUCAGCACCACGCGAGUCCUCCCUCCCGCCAUACGACAAUCCGGCGUACAAACUGGAGCUGCAGCAGGAAACUAUGGGUAAUGGAAAUUAUAAGUUUAGCAUGUGAUCUCUGACAGUUAAGUUCCCGUGGGCACCAGGGCAAUGGGCUCAACGGGAUCGCAGCCAACGACCCGCAAGCAAGGCGCAGGCCGUACAACGAAAUGGCCGUGUAAAUACGUCUAAUUGAAAAAUAUACACCAAAAGUAUACAAUCAAGAGAUCAAAGUAUACAUUUUAUACAAGUGAUAAAGUGGAAAAACUAUGCGAACUGAAAAUUAUUCACUAAUGUGAAUUUAAUGCAUUGCGAAAAGGAAAAAUUAUUAUUGUAAGGUUGGUACACACUAUAGCACUUGUAAGUGUAAGUGUGCCGUAGUGUAUAUGUGCCUUUAUAAUUUUACUUUUUUUUAUACACCGUAAAAAUACUCAUUUCAUUUUAAAUCAAUUGUA